CGGGGCGGGUGCGGCGGCGGGCGGCUGCGAGGAAGAGCUGGCGGUCGGUGGCGGCUGCGGCGGGCCAUGGCGGAGGUGGAGGCCGGCGGCGACGAGGGCCGCUGCGUGCGGCUGAAUGCCGAGCGGGCCCAGGAGCUGCUGGCCGACGUGGACACGGUGCUGUUCGACUGCGACGGCGUGCUGUGGCGUGGUGAGACGGCGGUCCCUGGCGCGCCCGAGACCCUGACAGCUCUGCGGGCCCGCGGCAAGCGCCUCGGCUUCAUCACCAACAACAGCAGCAAGACCCGCGAGGCCUACGCCGAGAAGCUGCGGCGCCUGGGCUUCGGCGGCCCGACGGGGCCUGGCGCCGGCAGCGAGGUCUUCGGCACGGCCUACUGCACCGCGCUUUACCUGCGCCAGCGCCUGACCGGUCCGCCGGCCCCCAAGGCCUACGUGCUGGGCAGCGUGGCCCUGGCCGCCGAGCUGGAAGCCGUGGGCGUCUCCUGCGUGGGCGUGGGGCCCGAGCCACUGCAGGGCGACGGCCCCAGCGCCUGGCUGGAUGAGCCCCUGGAGCCUGAUGUGCGCGCCGUCGUAGUGGGCUUCGACCCGCACUUCAGCUACAUGAAGCUCACGAAGGCCUUGCGCUACCUGCAGCAGCCCGGCUGCCUGCUCGUGGGCACCAACAUGGACAACCGGCUCCCACUGGAGAACGGCCGCUUCAUCGCGGGUACCGGCUGUCUGGUCCGAGCCGUGGAGAUGGCCGCGCAGCGUCAAGCCGACAUCAUAGGGAAGCCCAGCCGCUUCAUCUUCGACUGCGUGUCCCAGGAAUAUAGCAUCAACCCGGAGCGCACCAUCAUGGUGGGUGAUCGCCUGGACACAGACAUCCUCCUGGGCGUCACUUGUGGUCUGAAGACCAUCCUGACCCUCACUGGGGUCUCCACUCUACGGGAUGUGAAGAGUAAUCAGGAAAGUGACUGCUUGUCUAAGAAGAAAAUGGUCCCUGACUUUUAUGUUGACAGCAUAGCCGACCUUUUGCCUGCCCUUCAAGGUUAAAGAUUUAGUGUCUUUAAUCUCCAGAAUAAAAAAAAUUGAAAAUCACCCAAAUUAAUAGGUGGGGCUUAAGCAUCACUCAGCUAGGUGGCUUCAAGUUUGCUUACUUGGAGUUAAGCAAAGGUACUAGUUGUUAACCUUGUAAGUAAAUGUUUGGGGGGCGAUUUUUAUAAAUGCUUAUAUUUUAAGAUGCACUUUUAAGCUUGGAGGGCAUUGUGGGGGUCCUGGGCCUUAGGUGCCAAUUGGUCUUGCUGUUGGGUUCAGCAUAUGGAUUCAGGUAACCUCGGGGCCUGCUAAUGGGACUGAGGUGGGUCUAGGGGUGUCAUGUACUUUAUUGAAAAUUUCAGGGAUCUGGGGGAGGAGGGGCUGAUUAUUUUGACUGUUGUGAGAAACCCAGGGCCCCUUCUGUGUGGUCAUCAGCAGAGGAGCCUACUGCUGCCUCAGCCCCUCACCUGCAGGUUGGGAGUGGAGGAAAGGGCUGGUCUCAGGUGGUGUCUCCCUGUCCAUGGGGUGUGGGGUGCUGCCCUUACCACCACCCCACACUUCCUUAAAAACCACUCUGAUGUUACAAUUGAGUGUAUGUUCCGUUUUAGAUACCCAGGGCUGCAAUUCCUCAUGCACAAUUGUGCAGUUCUGUAAACUCAGCCUGGCUAAACUUCAUCUUUUCCAAAUGUGCAUAUAAACCCAGGUGACUUGGACUGAGCAUAUUGUUUGCUGAGCGCCAGGAGGGUAUGAAUGCCUUCGUUGAACUCUGGGCUGCUGUGCAGGGAGCUGAGAAGCAUUGGUACCAAAAGUUUUUUUAACUUUUGAACAACUUUGUCAAGUGGCGGAAUUGAACCGUAAGCGUGUCGAUUAAUAGCUGUGCUCUGUCUUGUAGGGAAAAUCCCACUGAAGAAGUCUCCGUGCCCCGCAGCCAGCAGUAUGGCCAAAGGCAUGUGCUGGCUAAAGAAUGCUUGUCACCCAAGGCUCCCUCUGGGUAGAGAAGGAAAGAGGUGUCCCUCAAAACAGGAAGUCUUUUUACAGAGCAUCCAGUAAUUUCCUGUCUUGGUGGGGAUGGGUGUCAUAUGUCAGUGGUCCAUGAGGCCACCUAUUUUGACCCUGGAGUCCCUUGUUAGUUUCCAUCUGGAGGACUGGCAGGAUCCACUGGCUAGCCAAGGAUUUUUGGCAGGGGGGCGUGGCCUUUUCUGCCUGUUCCCUAAGUUGCUGACCUUUGAAAAUAGUCCUGAUAAGCAGACUCUUUGGCCGCACUUGUAGGGUAGGGCCUGGGAAGCUGUUCCUUUUGGCCGACUCCUUCCUGGUGCCUCGCCCUGCACCCAGUGGCAUCUGCCCAGAGCCUGUGACUUUUUUCCUAGCCCCAGGGUCACAGUGCUCCUUCACUCACUCUCAUAAGAGUGCUCAGAGCAAUAAAGGGUGUCCUGAGCCUCCAGCUCCCCCCAGGCCUGGGUGUCUGGGGUUCGGACUCUGCCGUGGGCAACACAAGGGCAGCAGGUGCCUGUGAGGGUGGUGCUGACGUUGGCUCUGCGAGGUCGGCUCAAGGUGGGUCAGGAUAUUGAGCAGGCCUGUCAGGGCGUUGUCACCCACACCAGGAACACACGGCGGGUGCAGCAGCCAGCAACACCUCCUUAUUCUGGGCGGUGGCCCGGGAGCCCUGUGCAUCUUGUCUACACCCCAUUGCACUGUGUGAACCCAAAGGUGUAUUAAACUCUCAAACCCCAGCUGA